UCCGAUUCAAACACGAAUGGCGCGCGUUACGUGGAUCAACAGCAACGCUGACCAUUAUUAGGCUUUUUUGUUAGAAUUCGACAGUUUACUUUUACAAUACUGAGCGAACUUCGACACUAUUCGUGGUUGAAGUGGUGGAACUAAGUCUACGAGUCGCUAAACUUCUUCCUGCUGCGCCGCCUCUGAGUAGCAACAUCAUGUCCCAGACCAACACGUCUCUCCUGGACGAGGUGGUGCAGUGGAGCCAGGAAACAUGUCGCCAGGAGAUCAAGUCUGUCCUUCCAAAACUCACCGCCUUAAACAACAAGUCUGUGAAAUGGGAUGAUCAUUUACGUGUACUGAAGAUCAUUACAGACAUGUUCUUGCCUCACAUUGCUCUAACAGAGCUGGAUAACGAAUGCUUCUCCCAGAUAUUGCCAAAGGCUGUGACUGUGUUCAACGCCAUGGUGAAAGAAAUCUCAGCCCAAGUUGAAGGGCUGUCCAGUCAAAACACUGAACUGUGUUCCUACCUGAGAAAUGUUUUGCAGUUAAUGAUGCAGAUCAUCGAUGCCAUGUCUACAUGUGUGCGUCAUGUUGUUGCACUUGACGAACCCUUCAGCCUUGUUUCUAUUCGCUCUUUGCCCACUUGUAUUCUGCAAAUUUUAAGAGGAACAUUUGAGCAUUGCAAGGAGAGUGAGGCGUUUUACUGUGGUCGCCUUUCAUUCGUGGCCGAUCUUCUUCAAGGACUCUUUAAGGAGGCGUAUUUGCUCCAAAAAAGCCUUUUGGAUCUCUUGGAGAGAAUGUCCAUCGACAGCAGUGCGUCAGAGGAUGAGGUCACUGACAUUGUAACAGUGAUCCACAGCCUCUAUGACAUAUGCUCCGUCAUCUCUAACCUGGACAUUGCGCUGCAUGCAAACACCUGGAAAUUCCUCAUCAAACAGUGUCUGAAGUACCGGCCUCUUGUGGAGGAGCACCUUCAUCAUGGUGACAUCUGCAACAGCUUGUGUGAAAACCUGCUGGCCUCCUUCACUCACUGUGUCGAGCUGGCAGAGCAGAUGACCCAAACUGGACUGCAGGGAACAACACAAAGCCCAGAACACAAGCUUUUCCAGAAAAUGGCAAAGAUGUGCAGAUUCUUUGCCAACACUUUAGUUCAUUACAUAAAGGAAUUCAGAGUCUUUCUGAAUGCACAUCGCAGUUCCUUUCAUCAGCUCUACCUCCAGAUCCUGAGUAAAUUCCCUCCGAGCUUAUGCUCGCCUGAGCUGCCUCCUGCUCUGUCGGGCGAGUUAGAUGUGGCGGCUCUCAUCCCCAUGGACACCUUUCUUCUCCAGCUGCUGCCUCUAAGGUCUUUUGCGGAAGUUGUCCUCCAUAAAGACCUGCGCUUAAGUUCAGAACAUGAACUUCCCCACUGUCUCCUGCUCAUAAAUGUUCUGCGCCAGUUGGGCUCCCAGCCACAAGAGGUGCUGCAGCUUUGGUACACUGGAAGCCUGUUUCCAGAGGACACACCCAGACUCUCCCUCUACCAGGCAAUGUUUGCAAGUUUUCGACGUUGCUACACUGAACGUAGGGUCCCAGUGUUGUUGCCAAAGGUGAUGAUGAAGGGUCAAGCCCAGGUCAAGGUCUCACUCCAUCAUCACCUGUGUGUACAUUUGUGUGCGAGUGUCGCUGCACUUCCACCUGAAUACUUUAAUGCUCUGGAAUGUAGUUUGGUGGAAGCUGUUUUGCAGGCUGACACUCAGACAGCACUGCUGGCCACUGAUGUCUGGUGUUUCACAGCCCGGUACGGCUCAGCAGAACUUUGCCUUCAUCACGUUCUGCUCAUUGCACAGCUGGUGAAAAGUUGCCCGUCCGAGUGUCACCAAUUGACUCACCUCAGUCAGCUGCUCAGGCGGCUGCUUUUCUUCAUGACACCCAAACACCAGAUGGAACUGGUGGUGCGUUUUCCUCCGUCUUGUUUGGAAAACCUUCGCCUCUGGCGUCACGUUCUCUUAAGAGCUCUCUCCCAAGAUGUCCGUCAUCGUGUCGUCUGUGGCAUCACUGCUCUCAACGAGAAGACUCUCAGCGACUGGCAAGAUGGAGGAUUCAAGUUAGGACAAGUGGCCACACUGAACGUGGCUCUGCGCUCCCUCCUAGUGGUGGCUAAAGAGACUGCAGCUUUAGAAGAGCAGCAUGUACUCUCAGCUGCCAGGAUCGUCUCACAGCUCUGGCUAAGGACAACACCCAAUCAGGUUCUGAUCCAUCCUCUGCUCCAGCUCAACCUGCGGCCGCUCCUGUUGCUGACAGCCAUGUUGGUGAAGAACAUUGAGCCUCAAGUUAUUGGGCAGGCUGUGAUGUGUGUGGACGCAUUGGUGACCAACACAUGUUCUGAGGAGCUGAUCCUUGCUGCCCUGGAGUUUCUUUCCUCCCUCGGAAAGAUCUUCAUCCGUCCUCAUAGCCAGGGUGAAACCCUGCCAAGGUUGAGCCGUCUGUUUGCGACUGUGUUAGCACUGAAGCCCUGGCUGCUGCACCAGCAUGCUCUGGAAGCUUUUGCCACUUUUUCAGAGAUUACAAACCAUGAGGAGGUCAUAUCCCACAGUUUGAGUGGUGAGGAAACCAAAAACAAGGUGGUGAGUUUUCUCAGUAAGACUGUAACGGCACAAGAAGACGGCGAGUCGAGGCUCAAGAGGCUGAGGGUUGAAACACAAGUCGUCGAGCAGCAUCUCCUGUCGCUAAAAACUCCAGUUUCUUGCACAAGUAUGGAUGACGAGGCUACUGAGUCUGAGCCGUCGCUGAAAAGAGCUCGGCUCAAACCCACAACAGAGGGGGACUACAGUCGUUACGUGCAGACGGCUGAAAGUUCACUCCGAGCACUUCUUACACUACAAGAGGGGAAAGGAAGUGGGAGCCCAGCAGCGCCGCCCUUGUGGCUGGAGAGUAAACUUCAAGAGCUGCAGAGAAUUAUCUCCCAGAUCAGAGUUGAACGACGUACAAUAUAGUUCAGUGCAUCUUUAUGCUGUUUUAUAUGGUUCAGACUACAUGUGCAUAUUUUAUUAAACAUAUUGGAAUACUAGCACAUCAGCAGCUUUUUAAAUGAUUGGUUCCCUGCUUGUACCAUAAAAUCUUUAUUUCUUCUAAUAAAUUACCUCUUUCAC